AGAGAGAGAGAGAGAGAGUUGUUAAUAUUGGUCUUUAUUUUGCAUUUACAUGAAGAUUCAUAAUCUGGGUCUGAGUAAAAAUGUCAACUUUACAUAAUCCCUCAGAUAUUGAUUUAGAAUCAGGAAGUUGCAACAAUGGCGGCGGCGGGCGGCGGUUGUCGGAGUCAAAAGAGAUAGUUGGAGUGGCGGAAAAUGAUGGUAAUAACAAUAGAGAGGAGAAGCACGAGAGGAGGGGAUCAUCAUCCGGUACUGUGUCGUCGGAGUGUUCGGUGGAGGUGGUGGAUCUGGAAAGCGGGUCGGGUUGUGGUGUUGAAUUAACGAAGCAGAACUCGGGUAAAAGAGAGAGGGACUGUAGGAUAUGCCACCUCAGCAUGGAUGCAUCAGCCAAUCAGGAUUCAGGGAUUCCCAUUGAAUUGGGAUGUUCUUGUAAAGAUGAUUUGGCUGCUGCCCACCAACACUGUGCUGAAGCCUGGUUCAAUAUUAAGGGUAACAAAACCUGUGAGAUAUGUGGGUCCAUAGCACAGAACGUGCCCGGUGCGAACGAGGCUGAAUCGCCGGAGCAACGAAACGAAGCUGCGACGGCGGCGGCAGAAUCGAGAAACUUCUGGCAAGGUCACCGGUUUCUAAACUUCUUAUUAGGUUGUAUGGUUUUUGCAUUUGUAAUUUCAUGGCUUUUCCACUUUAAGGUACCCCCUUGAAAUAAAUCAAUUAAUUCUCACAAGAACAAUUUGUAGUUGCAACUUGUUAUGUUUAUUCUAAGUUUGUAACCAUAAAUUAUAUUUUGGUGUCAAUUGUGACUGCUAUGCUCUC